AUGGAUAUCAGCAUAGGCCACCCAGGGGAAGCCACAAUGGGCAACCUGCCGUUUGAUGCAACGGAGCAGCAGCUGCAGGAGAUCCUGACCACGGCAGGACCAAUCAAAAAUUUCAGGCUUGUCGCGGAUCGCGAGACCGGCCGGCCAAAGGGGUUUGGCUUUUGUGAAUUCUUUGACGUGGCGACUGCGGAGAGCGCGCACCGCAACCUGAAUGGUUACGAGCUCGGCGGCCGCACCAUGCGGAUAGACUUUGCAGAAGACUUCCAAACACGGAGACCAGGCGGCGGCGGCGGGCCUGGCGGCGGCGGCGACGGGCGGCCGCCAGUGGCCCCUCAGGGCCCACCGAGUGUGGUCGCCACCGCACCCGCCGGCCUCCCCGCCGUCCCUUGCGCCCCGCCGCAGCCCAUCGGCAUGCCGGCGGCGGCCAUGUCGUCGCAGCAGGUGCGGGCCCUGCUGAACGGCAGUGCGUCCAGCGACCCCGAGGUCCAGGAGCAGCUCAACGCGGCCUUUGCCUCCAUGAGCCGGCCCCAGCUUUACGAGAUCAUGCGGGAAAUGAAGGCGCUCAUAGCGCAGGACCGUGCGGGCGCCAUCCAGUACUUUGCGGAGCGGCCCGGGCUCACCAAGGCGCUCUUCCAGGGACAGAUACUGCUGGGCAUGGUCAAGGCGCCCAGCGUGCCGCCGCCCCAGGAGCCGCAGCCUUACGGCGGCCAGCCGCAGCAGUUCGCGCCCGGCCCUGGCCCCGGCCCAGCCCCUGUGCCCAUCGGCGUUCCACAGGCCCCGUUCCCAGACGGCGGCCCCAUGCAGAUGCCCGGCGCAGCCAUGCCGGUAUCGGCGGCGGGCGGCCCCAUCGGUCUGCAGCACCCGGGAGGCGGCAUGAUGGGGCCCGGGGGGCAGCCGAUGCAGGUGGUGCAGCUGCAGGGCGGCCAGCCAGUGCCAGUCGUGCAGCUGCAGCCGCACAUGGUGAUUGACCACGGGCUGCCCCCGCAGCAGGUGGUGACGCUCGCGCCGCCGCAGCAGCAGCAGUUGCAGCAGCCGCCGCCGCCGCCCGCACCGGCUGCACCCGCGGCGGCAACGGCGGACCCGCAGACGGCGGCGCUGCUGCGGCAGGUCGCGUCGAUGACGGACGAGCAGAUCAACCAGCUGCAGCCCGAGCACAAGGCGCAGGUGCUGUAUGUGAAGGAGCAGAUACGGCUCGGCGUCGUCAGCGUGCCGGGGUUGUGA